AUGUGCACCGACCAAGACACUUCCAGCCCCGCUCACCGGUGCGCUAUCCUCAGGACACGCGCGGGUCCUCGUGAGACCUUGCAUUUCGAUCCUCAUGACCCCGCCUCGGCCGCUGCUAUCGUCAGCUGUGGUGGUAUUUGCCCUGGACUGAACUGUGUCAUCCGUGAGAUUGUGAACAUGCUUUGGGCCUACGGCGUGCGGAGGAUCUAUGGCAUCAAGGGUGGUUACAAGGGCGUGAUGGAGCCUGAGGAAUGGUUGGAGUUGACUCCCGAGAAGGUCAAGGACAUCCACACAGAAGGCGGCACGAUGCUUAUUAGUGAUCGUGGCAAUCCUCCUCAUUUAGAGUCUUUGGCUGCAAGGGACCUAAAGAAUCCCAGUGCAUGCCUUCAAACAGGUGGUGAUGGCACGCACAAGGGAGCAAUGCAGACUUUCGAGUGUACCAUGGAGAUCGACCACGAAUGCGCAGUGGUUGGCGUGCCCAAGACCAUUGACAACGAUGUGCCUAUGAUCGAUCAGACCUUUGGCUUCGACACUGCGUGCACAGAGGCCACUAAGGCAGUGAACUCUGCCUAUGUCGAGGCCAAGGGGAAUGCCAACUGCAUUGGGCUGGUGAAGCUCAUGGGGCGACAUUGUGGCUUCAUUGCGAUGAACGCCGCUCUGGCCGCUCGUGAUGUCGACGUUUGUUUGAUUCCUGAAAUGGACAUCGACUUGGAGAAGGUCCUGCAGCACAUUGAGCACUUGAUGCGCACCAAGGGUCACUGCGUGAUAGUUGUGGCGGAGGGAUGUGGGGACACUCUCAUCCAGAGCUCUGGUGAGAAAGAUGCAGGUGGCAAUAAGAUUCUGGCUGAUGUGGGCCCAUGGUUAAAAGAUACCAUUACAGCUCGUUUCAAGACCCUUGGGCUGCCAUUGACCAUCAAGUACAUCGAUCCCACUUAUAUGAUCCGCUCAGUGGCGGCCAACUCCUACGACAGCACCUACUGCUCGGUGCUGGGGCAGAUGGCAGUGCAUGGAGCCAUGGCGGGCUACAGCGGCAUCACCGUCGUCGCUGUGGUGGUGGGCUGCUUACACUAUGCCGAGGUCUCAGGCUACAACUGCGUUUACCAGGGGCUCUCGGUGGCCGAGCAGAAGGAGGCGUUCUUGAAAACAGAGCCGAAUGCCUUCUACUUCUCUUACUACGACGCCUGGAGAAUAAGGUGGAGUAGUGUGGAAUCUGAGUGUGCUUUUUCGGUGGAUGUUGCUUUUGAUGAAGAACUGUACACUGAGGAUGACUUCGUGGAGGCACCUACGCUUGGAGAGGCCAUUUGGCGCAUGUUGAGAGAUGAUCGCAGCGAAGCACCUGAUGUGAUCAAUGCGGUGCACCGUUGCUUGGAGAACAGAGCGUAUCGCUGCAGCUGUGGUCCUUGUGAGUUCGCCAACGUGCGAAGGAAGAGCGACAGGUCCUUCAAGGUUUGGGCCACGUGGCGUUGCUCCGCUUGGCUGCAGCAGUUGGGGGGGAUGGCCUGCUUGGUGGCGUGUAUUGCACUGGCGCUCUUGUCCUUUCUGCAUCGCCUGGAUUUUAGCCGCAUCCAUGAUGUUGGUAUGCUGGAGCUGCGUGAGAAUUGGGCCAUGCCCGUCAUUUUCGCACAGGUUUGGGCCAUGACAAAGCUUUUCAUGAUCCAUCCAGCUCUUUGCGGAAAAGACUCCUGGGAAUUCAUCAGCUGGCGCUGGGCAUUCCGACUGCUCACUGUACUUUGCAUAUUGGUUUGGCAAUUCUCAGCCUUCGCUUUUCUCCUCCAAGUGUCAGCGGCCUUCCUUUGUACCUUGCUUGCCUGCCACAAUAGUGCUCGCUCUGCCAUGAUGGAGCUCCUCAAUUCACAUUUGGUUGCAGUCGCGAUGGCAGCAGCACUCCUCUUCGGGAAUGAGCUCUUGGUACAGCAUCUUCUAGUCACACAGUGUAUUGCGAUCAAGGUGGUGCUCUCCGUUCGGAAGGCCCCCAGCUGGCGACUCCUGUUUUGGCUUGAUGGGGCCCUGGCGGUGGUUCUGUUCCUCGUUCUGCGAGUGCUACAAAUGCCCUUCGCAACUGCUGACGAACACGUUUGGGAGUUGUACGCGAAUAAAAUGCGGACCCUCUUCCCAUCUUACCUUGGGACCGUCCACAAGGAGCCCACCUUCAACACCAGGCUGUACAACGCAGUCAGCGUGUUCGAUUUUAUUAGCUGGAAGAACAUUGAAGUUGGCUUCCAGACGAAGGUCUAUCAGAUUGCUGCCGUAGCUGUUGCUCUUCAGAUAGGCACUGCAGAAGAAAGAACAUCAUGCAAUCACCAGGGCAUGUCGGAAAGAGGGAGGUUUCAAGGCUAUGCCCAUGUCUUUGGCUCCACAGUCCUCCUCGUGCAGACAGGGCUCUUCUUGGUCUUGGGCUGCUUCAUCAGCCGCCUGAAAUGCAUCGGUGUGCCCUUUUUGUUGCUCUUUGUGGCCGUGGCUGUUACCCCAAAACCACUGGCGAUGCUACUGGGCCAACUCUCGCGCUGGAGGCUCCUGAGGCAGGUCUUUGAGAUGCUGGCCUUAGCUGCGGUGGCUGCAGCGCAGCUUGGCUAUGUUGCCUUUCUGAGCUCCAAGAUGCCGUUCAUUGAGCAACGAUACACAAGCCUCUUGGCAGCACCUGGUAUCACUGGGAGCACUUCUGGCUUCAAGGACUGGGAGCACAUCUUGCUGAACAUUCCUGAGAAGGAGAUAGUGCUGGCAGCCAUGCCAUUGAGUGCUGAACUGCGCAGGGCUACUCCCUCUUUGCGCAUUGCUAUCCAUCCUCAGUUUGAGGCACAGCACCUUCGUGACCGAGUUCAAGAGCUCUAUCAGUUCUACCAGUGCACCUCACCAGCCAGCUUUGCAAAGACCAUGAAGAAGUUCCAGUCUCGCUUUUUGAUUCUGGAGUUCAAGCGAUGCAGUUUUGGUCCCUUCCUUCUCGACAGGUACCCAGAGGUCAACUGCAAGGAAGGUGAGCACCCGUGGCAUUACCUUUUCUGCCCACGGGCUUUGGCUUCACCGCUCUUUGAGCUUCUUUGGGCGAAUGCCGAGUUUGCUGUGCUUCGUUUGAGGCAUGACGAGGAGGUGCCCCAGACAGCCAAAUCUGGGAACGUGGAGGACCUCAAGACCUGGGAGCCCAUGCUGCAGCGAUGCCAAGAAGAGGAGCGUCGUGAGUGCUCCGCGCGGGUGGCUGAUUUGGCACUGGCUUUCCGGAAGAUGGGGCAGUCCCAGGUCAGCAAGAUGCUCCUCCGCUGGGCUGAAACGCAUCACUUGGACUACGAUUUACAGCAAAGCGAAAAAGCUGGGGCCUACUACCGAAAGGCCGUGGAGCUUGAGCCCAACAAUCCGGUCUUUGUGAAGGAGUAUUUGAUGUGGCUGGAAAUUGUUGCCAAGGAUCAGCGCAGCUUGGUCCGACUGCUGGGCCCACGGCGGACGGCCACUGGAGCCAAGCUGGCUUUGACGGACUUGGGGGAUGCAGCCUUGGCCUGUGAGGCGAAGAGACAAGAGAUCAAAAGAGAGAUCCCUCUAAAAGAAGCCUUACAGUAUUUGUUAAACAGUAUUAAAUAUCUGAAAUUCUUGUUGGUGACUGACAUGGCAUGUCCACAUGCAAGUCGGGCGAACGUAGAUGACCCACCGGUGUAA